AGAAGGCCCGCCGCAGUUAGCUGCUAUAACAACUCCGACGAAGGUUAUGGAAAUCGUUGCUGUUUUCGAUUCGUCGUCACCCUUGAGCAAAAGCGUUGCUAUAACUUUGCUAAAGAAUAACUUUGUCGUUCGAUGCCUAACGACAAACCGUGCUGAAUGCCAAAUUUUGGAGCAUCAUGGAGCUGAAUUAUACAGUCAAGAUCAGAUAGACGAUUGCUUGAAGGGUGUUCAAGCAGCUUAUGUCUCGACGACCUCAAAUUUCGAUUCGAUAACAAGCGUUCAAGAUGAAAUCGAUCAAGGUCGAACUAUAGCUGAAGCUUGUCAACGAGCCAGAGUCGAACACUUGAUUUAUUCCACUCAAUUGUCCGUUGCCCAGGUAACCGGAAUGACCGUUAGACACAUGGAUGCUAAGUCGAGAGUGGAAGAUCUACUUUUCAAAACUAGUAUCCCAUUAACUAAAGUCAUAAUACCUCCCUUGUAUGAGUAUAUUCUAGAACCAAGUAUGAUCCCUACUAGAUUAUCUGAUAACCAGUUCGGAUUAGAAAUACCUAUGAGUAAUGUACCCUUAGACUUAAUCUGUUUACAAGACGUGGGUUAUGUCAUUCUUGAAAUGAUUAUACAGCGAAAAGCUUUAGUUAACAAAACCCUUAGUUUGUCUGCCACCAAACUGACAGUCCGUGAUCUGGCAUCGAUCCUCACCCAUAACCUAACAGACUACAAGUUCAAGGAUAGUCAAGUUACUGUUGAGCAGUAUCAGGAGAGAAGACGUUUCAAAGGAGUCAUCGAUUGGAGCUAUCAAUUCGAUUUUUACGUUCGAGUAGAUCAGAAAGCAUCUAUUGAGCUGACCAAACAUUUCUAUCCUCAUAUAAAAUCCUUCGGCCAAUGGGUAGAAGAGAACAAAGCCGCCAUCUAUAAUACUCUGAAUAAACCUAUGACACCAGCAAUGGAUCCUUUUCAUUAG